UUUCCGCAGGGUUAGCAAACUCCCUCAAACUUAGACAACAGCGAAAGUGCGAAUCACUAAAAUGUUGUCAUCCUCAACCUCAAGGUUCACUUUCAUUUUUAGGUAUUCUCUUCUUCAAAUCCCUAAUUUUCUUUCCUUCCCUUCCUCUUCAUCCCUUCACUCUCAUUCUACUCGCCAAGUUGAUGAAGCUGUUGAUUCCUUCACUCGCAUGCUCUCUAUGCGUCGCCCUCCAUCCAUCAUCCAAUUCACCAAGAUUUUGGGAUCUCUUGCCAAGACCAACCAUUUCCCCACCGCCAUUUCCCUUUUUAAGCAAUUGCAAGCCAAAGGAAUCGCUCCCGACUUAUUUACUUUGAGCAUCGUAAUUAAUUGUUGUUGCGGCAUGGGUCGUAUGACGCUUGCUUUCUCUGUAUUGGCCAAGAUUUUCAGAAUGGAUUAUCAACCUAAUACGGUAACAUUGACAACAAUCCUGAAAGGUCUCUGUCUCUCUAGUAGUGUUGAAAAAGCAGUGCGCUUUCAUGACAGAGUGCUGGCUCAUGGAUUUCACUUUAAUCAAGUCACUUAUGGGACCUUGAUCAAUGGCCUCUGUAAGUCCGGACACACAUCAGCUGCUAUUCAAGUGUUGAGAAACAUCCCACGUUAUGGCAUUGCUCCUGAUGUCUUCAUGUACAAUGCAAUUAUUGAUAGCCUCUGCAAGGAUACACUUGUAAGUCAGGCUUUUCAUUUAUUCUCUGAAAUGCUUGCUAAGGGAAUUUCUCCCGAUGUUAUCACAUACAGUUCUCUCAUUUUUGGAUUGUGUCUUGAGGGUCAAUAUAAGGAAGCCAUUGAUUUGUUAAGUGAUAUGGUGCUUAGAAACAUUACUCCAAAUGUUCAUACCUAUAGUAUUUUGAUCGAUGGGCUAUGCAAGGAAGGAAAGAUCAAAGAUGCUAAGAGUGUAUUGGCUGUAAUGGCAAAACAUGGUGUGAAACCAAAUGUAGUUACUUAUACCAGCUUAAUGGAUGGAUAUUGUUUGGUUAAUCAGGUAAAUAAGGCAAAAUAUUUAUUCAACACUAUGGCCGAGAAUAAAGUGUUUCCUAAUGUUCAGAGUUACAAUAUCAUGAUUAAUGGCUUUUGCAAAAGUAAAAUGAUCGAUGACGCCUUGAAUCUCUUCGAAGAGAUGCGUCACAAGAACUUGGUUCCAGACACGGUAACUUACAGCACUCUUAUUGAUGGCUUGAGCAAAUCAAAGAGAAUCUCUUGUGCUUUGGAGCUUCUUGUCAAGAUGCACGAAAGAGGUCCACCCGCUAAUGUAGUCACUUACAAUUCCUUGUUGGAUGGGAUGUUCAAUAUCAAACAAGUUGACAAGGCACUUAUGUUAUUCAAGCAAAUGAAAGAGAAUGGCAUUGAUCCAGAUAUAUGGACGUACAAUGUACUUAUUGAUGGCCUAUGCAAAGGUGGAAGACUUGUAGUUGCAAAAGAGAUUUUUAAAGAUCUUUCUGUGAAAGGCUAUCCUCCAAAUGUGAGGACAUACACUAUUAUGAUCAAUGGGCUCUGCAGAGAGGGCUUGUUUGAAGAAGCAUUGGCCCUGCUGUCGGAAAUGGAACACAAUGGUUGCUUACCAAAUGCUGUGACUUUUGAAACUGUUAUUCGUGCUUUGUUUGAAAAAGAUGAGAAUGACAUGGCAGAGAAACUUCUUCGGGAAAUGGUUGCUAGAGGCUUAUUGAAUUGAUAAAAGAAGGAAUUUCACAUGUUUCCGUUGAGCGGGUACCUCCCCGUGGAGAUUUUGCGAGUUCCGUUAAAACUCCGGAUAAACUCAAUAGAUAUCCAUGGGUUCAAGGUUUUUGGCCAUCCCUAUAUACAACAUAUAAUGAACUAGUGAUUCAACUAUUCAGAUUGUUAUAGAAUUCAUAUUCAAGAAUACUAUCUUCUUCAAUUCUGCAGAAUCUAUUCUGCUUUCUUUGCAUCAAAAAAAUGUUAAUACAUUGAUGAAGAUACUGUAAUAUGGCAAAAUGAUCAAAGCAUUAAAGAAUCAUUGAAUUGCACUAUAAUAACUCUAAGUACAUGCCUUUUGGUUGCAAUUGAUGAAAUGAAAUCUCAUAAUAUAAUCUCAUCAAGCAAGCCCCCAUCCCAAAAACAAUAAUAAAAAAAAU